AUGCGUUCGAACUCCAGCGCUAUCUCAAAGACUGAGAUCGUAGCACUGAGUCUGGAGCAGCUUCAAGAGCUCAGCGUCCUAGUCGCGAAUCGUAUGCAGAUCAAAAGGCGCUUCAACAACACGCCGCUACGUCGCAUCAUUGCUCGCCAGGUGACACGCAGCGCCGUACAGGCACCUCCACGGUCGGACUCGGAUACUGCCAGCCAGACCGAUACACUUGUAAACAACGACACACCGGAGACGAAUAGAGAGCCACUGCAGGUCAGAAAGGCGAGGUAUAACAAUACGCCCCUCCGGCGCAUUCUGUCUUGCCAAGCGUCCCCCGGACGAUGGGAUGCAGAACGUCCCCACGACCCAAUGCGCGCAUGUAACGAGCCCGAAUCGCUCGAAGUGCGCAAAGCACGGUUCAACGACACGCCCCUCCGCCGCAUAGUAUCCCGCCAAACCUGCUCCAACACAGUCAAGACCCCCGAGGCCAUCGGUGCUCGACCCACUCCUCCUCCAUCAGUCCCACGCUCACAGUCCUCGACCCCAGUACCGCGUAGCAACACGCCCCUCCGUCGGAUCCUCUCGCGCCAAGUAUCUACCCGCAUAAUUCCACCGAAAGAAGAUCAGCUCUCCGAGCGCGCGGACUCCGUCAUAGACCCUGGGUCACCCGUCCGCUCGCGCAGCACCGCGUCUGUGCCAACGGUGCUGGACGGGGCCUGGAUGCGCAGCUUCGAGACUAGAUCAGGGAAUCUGAGUUCGAAUUCUCCAUCCUCAGCCCCAGUAGCCGCCUGA